CAAUACAAUGCUAACCCUACGUGUACUUUCCUAGCCUAGUCAGUUAGAACUGUACUUCCGUAAACAGUGUGUUUAUCUUCUUGCCCACCGAAAGUAUGUUUUCCAACGUAAGGAUUUCUCAUUGCUUGGUGUUACUUCUGUCAUGGGUGAUUUUCAGUGCAGAAUCAGCUCGGAAAGAUGACGUUCCAUCAGAUCCUGAGGUUGACAAGUAUGAGGAGAUGGUUCUUAUUGAAGGCAAGGAGUUUGUCAUGGGAACGGAUGCAGAGGACGGUAAAGAAGGAGAAGGUCCUACUCGUCUUGAGAAGGUCAAAAACUUCAAGAUCAACAGAUAUCCUGUCACGAUAGCAUCCUUUAGAAAAUUUGUCAAGGCUAAGAAAUACAAGACAGAUGCUGAGAACUUCGGCUGGAGUUUUGUGCUUGAGAUGUUUGUUCCCAAAGAAGUUAGUGACAAGGCAAAGGAUAGAAUUCAGGGUGCACCGUGGUGGGUACCAGUUGAUCGAGCCUACUGGAGAAUGCCAGAAGGGAAAGGUUCAUCGGUCGGACAUCGUCUGAAUAAUCCAGCAGUUCAUAUCAGCCACAGAGAUGCCAGAGCUUACUGCCAGUGGCAUGGAUGGAGACUACCAAGUGAGAUAGAAUGGGAGUACGCUGCUAGAGGAGGUUUAGCAAAAAGAAAGUAUCCAUGGGGUAACAAGUUUGACGUCAAUCGAAUGAACAUCUGGCAGGGAAAAUUCCCAGAGAAGAACUCCGAGAAAGACGGUUACAAGGGCGUGUCACCCGUGGAUGCCUUCCCAUCUCAAAACGAGUUUGAUCUUUUUGACAUGGUUGGCAACGUUUGGGAAUGGACAUCCUCCAGGUUUGAUGGCAGUAGCGAAGAUACGGAGGAGACAGAAGGAACCAAAUACACCUUAAGAGGAGGAUCUUAUAUCGACUCUAAAGAUGGUUCCUUCAAUCAUAAAGUCAGAGUUACGACAAGAACUGGAAACACCCCUGAUGCAGGAUCAGACAACCUCGGCUUCCGUUGCGCUAUGUCCGUCGCGUCAAACACUCAGAAACCACCCAAGGGCAAGAAAAAAGGUACAGAUAAAAAACAACAAGCUGGGGAGCCUGAUGUCAUUAUUCAAGAAGGUCAAAAGGUCAGAGAGGUCAAGCCUCAUCCAGCGGAUCUGAACGGUAGGAAAAAGAAAAGUAAAAACGAACUUUAACUGUGCCUUGUGUAAUUUGGAUCCCUUAUUUUGUACAAGUCUGGAAAAGUUUUGAUUUCUGCUAGGGUCGCACUGUCGGACCAUUAACAUUUCUUUGCAUUUACUACACCAAAAGUUCUUUUGAUUGGUAGCAGUUUGAAACAGCUAAUGUUUCUAAAUCAAACCUUUAAGCACAACAAAAAAUUGCUCAAUAGAAACAGGUGAACAGUCAAAGUUCAAUAAAAUUUGAUGUUUUAAAUGGUGCCCCUCAUUUGUUUGCUUAGCAAAGACAUUUCCUAAGCAGUAUUUUCUGCUAAACAGCUUAAUGAAAUUGAGCCCUAAAAAAUCAGGUCAAUACAGUAAACACACCUGUUAAAUCUGCUGCCACCUAGAGACAGAUAUUGAGGAACAGGUUGGCGCCUUUAAGACAAGAUUAAAAAUACCUCAUUUUGAAAUAUUGCUUUCACUAUUUGCGUUCGUUUGAGGAAAUUGAAAUAUUUACGUUGGGGACUUGGGGUAAUAUUACUAACCAGUUUUGUAGGUUCUUAUUACUCAGAGUUGUCUUGAUUUGUUCAGACUUGAAAUCAAGUCUGUAUGCUGUAAAUUGUUAUUAUGCUUUCAAAAUAAGUGUGAGAACUUGGAGUGUCACGUCUUAAAUUCUAGUUAUUUGAUGAUAACCUGAAGUUAUUACUUUGCAGUGUUUUUUUUUGUAAAUUGAUUGUAUUGAGCGAGAUAUGGAGAUUCCAUGGAUCUGAAUGUGUAUAACUAGAGUGGCCAGAGUGCCUUGGGUAUUGAACGGCAGUAUGUCUUAAAAAAGCAAUACAAGUUACUAAAAUAUUGUCAUUUUAAAUUAUGGUUGAAGUUUAUGAUAAGAUUAUGUCAUUGCAGAAUAUAAUUUCAAAUAAAGACCGUGUUCAUAGAACUUUAAUACCACCAUUUUAUAAAUUAAAUUAGUGUCAAAAUACAAAAAUAUGUUAACAAGAUUGUUUUGAUGACUAACUGUUCUUAAACUUUUAUGUUAAAAGAAGUACUGGCAAGCAAAAACUUUAAGAAGUAACUCCCCCACCACAAAAAUCACCUGAGUGCUUUUUAGAUUUCUCAGUAAUUUUGACCCUCAAUCAAAGCUAAAAAUGCUUUCUUUUUUUAUUCAAAAAGUGGAAAUAUUAUCAUCUUGACUUGACCCAUGACCCCUCCAUCCAGCAAGAAAAGGUCAGACUCUUUGACAGUAUUACUGUCAAUAUAAACAAUAUGAACUUUGGACAAUUCCUUGUAGGUCAGCCUCUUUUACUUAACAUUACUUUUUUGUUUAAAUACAAAAUUAAAGUUCAAAUCGUAAACAAAGAAGGACAAAGCGGACAUUGGCCUUAAUUAAAUUGAUAAAAAUGCUGGACUUAACUUUACUUACCCACUGUGUUUUUUUCAAUUUUUGGCCUAUUUUUGAUAAAA